UCCUCUCCUCUCUCUCACUUCCAAACGGGGCUUGACGCCAUCACCAUGUCCCAGUGCCCGUUCCCGAGAACCCACUCUCAAUUGCCGCUGCUACUGAGGGCGUAGGAAAUGCUCCUUUGGCCCUUUUCUCCGUCUCACCCACUGUGCCACCAUCACACGAAUGACAAGUUAUACGGGGAGCCAAGCUCCAAGCAGGCUUCAACAGUCUCCAUCCAAGUCCAGCAUCUGGCUCAAAAAACAAGCACCCCUGGUGGCCGACCCUCCUCUCACCUCCACUUUUGUUGGCUCCUUUACCCGGAGAGGGAAGACAGAGGUCGAGAGUCUGGCCUAUCACAUAUCCAAUUCACUAGCGGCGGCGCGCCACUGGUUUUGGCUCGCCUCGGUCUAGUCCGGGGGGAGGCGUCCUCUCUCUCUCUCUCCUCGAUUCCAUCCUCGUCCUAGUCUUCUCACCCCCAGCAGUCUGCAGAUAGGCGCCCCCCCUCAAGGAUGAUACGGAUACAACGUUUGUGAUGAAAUUGCUCCGUCCCUAAUAAUGUUAUGUUCCUUAUUUAAUAUUCCCGCCCCGUCCACCUGGCCUCACUCCGGACUUCCCUUCCCUUCUCUCUCCCUUCCAUCCCGUUAAUAAGCGUCCGCCAAUCCACUGUUCACCAACAGCUUAUUCCGUCCUCGACAAACCUAAUUAUACACUCUGGUUCGUCAAGCCAUUCGCUACAAGUCCUAGGACUGCUUCACUCGUUGGACAACAUACAUCUAUACACACACGCAUAUUUACCCAGUCGCUCUCGAUAAAACACUACGCAAUAGUCGACUUGACCCGUCAACCCAACCAGCAUUCGCAAUGAAGUUCUUCUACCCCCUCGCUCUGGCUCUCGCCGCCGUCGUCGCGGCCCAGGACGACCAGUGUGACGCCGCCAACAUCGUCACGGCCUGCUUAGACAGUGAGACCGACAAGGUCACGGCCUGCGACCCCACCGACUACGACUGCCAGUGCGCCGCCUACCAGGCUGUGGCCACCUGCUACAACAACUGCCCCAACGACGCCCGCGCUGUGCCCGCCCAGCAGCAGGUGACUAUCUACUGCCAGCAGGCCUCCAUCCACGGCUCCGCCGCCCAGCGCAAGACCCAGACCGUCGCCUCCGCCACCGGCUCCGCCACCAACGCCGCCGCCUCCAACUCGGCUUCCCCCACCGCCGCGACGCGCACCGCCGCCGACGAAGCUGCCUCAACCGCCGCCUCCUCUUCGACCGCCACCAGCACCCCCAACAUGGGCGUUGGCCAGCUCGCCCGCAACACCGGCGGCGUCCUCCUCGCCGUCGCUGGUGUCGUCGCUGCUGUCCUGUAAGCGUAAAAAAAGAAAGAAAAAAGGACAGUUUUCAAGACGAAACUCCCGCAUGGUGUUUACGUUGCGAGAAAAAGAGAAGGAGAGAGAUGCCUCAAGACAGAAUUCAUGUUCAUUCUAGCGUUAACGGUACGGACGAAGCUAAGCAAUAUUUGGGAUUUCCGAUCAAUGGGGACUGUGUAUUUUCUCCCCCCCCCCUCGCAUUUUCAAGGCAACAGGGCAAAGCGAAGGCUCAUUGGAGUUGGCCCAGGAAAGAGGGAAAACCUUACAUGUCUGUGCGUGUACAUGGUUUUUUAAUCUUUGUAAUUACCUAAUUCCAAGCACUUCAUGGCUGUCUCAUGAAGCUCAUGAAGUGAAAAUACAACAAGAAAGAUGGAUGGUCCAACCCCC